GUCUGCCGGUGCUCCGUGGUGUAUCUUCUCUUCGUGCCACAAUGGGAGGAAAUCAAUCAGUACCAAAAAUCACAGCGCAAGAUCGGGCAAUACUUGAUUUGAAGCUGCAACGAGAUAAAGUAAAACAAUAUCAGAAGAAUUUACAAGCCAUACUAGAUCGGGAAGAAGCAAUUGCGAAGCAGCACCUAGAAGCUGGCCACAAGGACCGAGCCCUGGUAGCAUUGCGUAGGCGGAAGUACCAGCAAGGACUAUUAUUGAAGACUGAUGGGCAGUUGGAGAAUUUGCAGCAAUUGGUCUCCAGCAUUGAAUUUUCUCUGGUCGAAGUCUCCGUGCUACAUGGUCUGAAACAAGGCAACGAAGUCCUGAAGGAAAUUCAUAAAGAAAUGAACUUGGAAUCUGUGGAAAAGUUACUUGAAGAGACGGCAGAGGCAAGGGAAUAUCAACGAGAAAUUGACGAGAUGUUAGCCAACAAUCUCAGUCUAGACGAGGAAGACGCAGUUCAGGCCGAACUCCGAGAAUUACAGGCUGCUGUGCGGGCAGAAACAGAACCUUCGAACGAUGUCCAAUUACCCUCAGUUCCAACCAGCGAGCCCCUUGCUGCCAAACCUGUGGCACCCGAGGAGCAAGUGGAAAGGGAUUCAGCAAGAGUCGCAAUACCCGCAUAAAGCUGUGUCCACUCCAUAUUCUUCGUAACUAACAUACACUUCUACAUGGAUGUAACUAAUAACCAUAUGAACACUACCAACCCUCGAAAUUCCCAAAGCCUAAUUUUCGUUUCUUUGAAGGCUCGUCAGAUGGAAUGUCUGAAACAUCUUGAGGUCUUUUGAGGUUGAGAUAUUUCCCUACUCCUCCAUCUACGAUCUUAUCAUUCACAGUUGCCUCGGAACCGACUUUGAC